CAUUCCAAAUUAAACUUUUCCUGCAUUUUCAUAAAUGGUUGAUGGCCAGUUAAAUAAUAAGCGUUGAUAAGUAAAAAAAGUAAUAAAAUAGUUGUGUAUUCACAUUUUUCAUAUAAGGUGUUUUUCUGUUUUAAAGCGCAUACGUUUAUACACUAACUUUUAAUACUUUAAUUCUUUAAUUAAGUUUUAAUAGAAAACUCAUCUUUAUGUAUCGGUGCCACUGCUGACUGCUCACUAACCACCAUCGUUUACUUCCGUGAUACCAACGAACGAGUACCGCCAUUUAUGUUGUAGAGUAAAAACAUUUGUUGGUGAUUACAAGAUUUCUUCGUUUGUUUGAAUGAACUGUGCAGUAAAAAAAUUUUAAAUGGCGAAGAAGUUUUCUUCAGGGGACAAGGUGUUUGCGAAGGUGCGAGGCUACCCUCCAUGGCCGGCUGUGGUUGAAGAAAUUAUUACAGAUCCCACACCAUCAAAGACACGAUACAAAGUUUACUUCUACGGCACCGCAGAGAUCGCACACCUGAAGGCAGACGACCUGUUCCACUACACGGAGAACAAGGGCAAGUUCGGCAAGCCGCUCAAGAGGAAGGGCUUCAACGAGGCCUUGGAGCAGAUCGAGAAGGCCGUGAGGAGUGGCACGGGUGCGCCCACUUCAUGCAGCGAGAUACUGAGCGUCACGGCCACGGUGUCGCCUGAAGACCUGGACACGGACCAAGACGACACACUGGUCAUAGACGAGACGCCCGGCAAGCAGGGCAAGAGCUCCAGCGAGGACAAGCCCACCACCAAGAAGCGCAAGUUGGAGAAGGAUGCCGAGGACGGGGACGGCAAGCCGGCCAAGCGCACGGCGGCAGCGCAGAGGAAGUCGUCUGUGCCCGUGGACCCGGUGACCCCCCCCAAGGCGGAGGUGGUCAGUCGCUCUGGCCGUAAGAUCCGACCCAAGAAGUUCGCUGAUGACGAGGCCCACGGACAGGAAGGCGGGGAGGCGAUACUGACUGACGAAGACUCGCCUGCCACAGACUCCAAACUAACCAGACGGCAGCGGCAGUCGACCAAAACUGGGGACGCGGCCGGCCGGCAGCACUCGGAGAACGACAAGGACGGCCCGACAGGGGACGCCAGCCCCUCCAAGGAGAUGCAGCCUGGCGGCAAGCUGGAGCAGGCGGAGGACGACGGCUUGCAGGAGGGACGACUACCACGCGUGCUGGUCGCCAGCACUCCGCAGGGAGACCUCAUACGCAUCAGCCUCACGGGCCAGCGUCCCUCCAGCUUUCCGUCGGACAAGGCACGUGUGCAGUGGGACCAGGCGGUGUGGCGCAACGCACUCAAGAUGAAGGCGGAGAUAGAGGCGGGCACGUACGUGCCAGAGCACCUCAAGAAGAAGCUGGAGGCCAAGAGGCGGGCCGUGCUGACAGACGACAAGCUGGACCGUGGUGCUGGCACGGCCGACCAGAAGCACAGGUGGUACGCGACGGCCGCUCGCAUCGUGGAGCUGGAUAACUGCAUCAAGUCGUCGCUGGGGCUGGUGGACGCGCGGCCCCAGGAGUGCCUGGUCUACCUGUCGGAGCUGUCCACAGUCGCCGUCGACACGCUGAUGCUGCUCAAGUACCCGCACAUCGUGGACACCAUUAAAAAACUGCGGCGGUACGUCGGGAACGUGACAGAGUGGGGCAUGGAUGAGACACAAAAGGAAACUUUUGAGAAGCAAGCAGAAGCCAUUCGUAACAAAGCCUCAUUUGUGUACAACAAGUUCAAGGCUCUGUUCGUGGUGCCAGAGGGCUCGACAUUCCUGGACGUGUUUCACCAGAAAGUGAUGCGCUUCAAGGAGGCCACCAAGAACAUGACUGACAAUGAGUUCUUCAACCUGAAGACCGACCCCAGCAUCUCGCCCAAGCCGGAGGAGGCAGCGGUGACGGGGGACGCGGCGCAGAACGGCUCCUUGCCGACAGAAGAGGCUGACCAGGACUUCUCGGGGGGAGCCGACGAGAACCAGCCCCCCAAGAAGAAGUUGCCCAAGAGCAGGAGCUCUGAUUUGCUGUAACAUAUAGCUGUAGUGAUCUACAAAAAAAAAGUGAUAUUGAAAAGAAAACCGUAGAAUGUUUUAUUUUUCUCCGUAAUUGUGUUAUGUUGAAAGUCGUACUCCCAUCUGUGGUCGUAAGUAACUAUACACUGUACUGAUGUGUGUAUGUGAACUGUGGGUAAUGCUUUGUGUGUUUCGAGUUGCACACCGAGCAAUUCUUGCAUGACGAGGACGACCUUUGGCAAGCGAGCCGUGUCUCGGCCUGUUUUAUGUCGCGAACAUGUCGUUUUUCUCCUUGCUAUCUUUUUUAUAGUGUUCAUUUGCAUGUAGUGCCCUAAUGUUUUGGCCUCAAAAUUUGUAGUCAGAACUAUAUUUAAACUCGCAGGUAUUUACCUGUAAUAUGUGAAUUCUAAUUGAAAUCUUUUAUUUUAUGUAAAUUAAAAUACAUUUUGUCAUUAAAGAAUAUAUUGGUGUGCAAAA